UUAUGGCCCAAUCUAAACGACAUGGGUUCGAGGUCAGCUUGGACCAUACUGUUUAAUACAUUGGUGUACAUUUUCUGUGUACUUCAAUAUGCAGAGGCAUCUUAUGGUAGAAGUCAGAGCAGAUGUCCAACCUUGAAUCCAGAGGUCAGAUGCAUACAUCAUUUUAAUCAUUGCCACCAAGAUCAGGAAUGUACAAAUGGUCAGAUUUGCUGCACAAAAGAAUGCGGGAAUGAAUGUGUUGACAAUAUUAAUAACACACCAGAAGGAAACGAUAUUAAAUCCGUAUGUAUCCUGCCUAAAGAUCCAGGACCUUGUAGGGGAAUCUAUGUACGAUAUUAUUAUGAUUCAAACGCAAAAACAUGUUUAGAGUUUGCAUAUGGUGGUUGCCGUGGUAAUGGAAAUAGGUUCAAUACACAAGAAGAAUGUCUAAGCACAUGUUCAAGGGGAGCGACUUCAACCUCAAAGUGUCCAAGAGACAUAUUCCCGAAUUGUUAUGGGAAGUUAAACAGAAACUGCCAAGAUGAUUCAUCAUGUCGUGCAGGCAAAAAAUGUUGUAAACUUGGUUGCUACUAUGGUUGUGUUAGACCUGUUAAACAACACCACCGUCAACAAAAAGUAAACUCUGGACAACAACAACAGAAAGCAACAUAUGGACAACAACAACAAAAGGCAACCUAUGGACAACAACCACAAAAAUCAACCUAUGGAUAA